GACGGCAAGGAGCUGCUCAGCCACAUACGGGCCGUCAGCUUCAACGGCAGUGCCAACACCCCCGUGGUGUUCAACGAGAACGGCGAUGCCCCAGGCCGCUACGACAUCUUCCAGUACCAGAUCACCAACCGGUCCACCCCUGAGUACCGCGUCAUCGGUACCUGGACCAACAAGCUGUACCUCAACGUGGACAGCAUGAGGUGGAGGAGGGGGGACUCCUCUCUACCCUCGUCCGUCUGCAGCGUCCCGUGUCGGACCGGUGAGAGGAAGAAGGUGGUGAAGGGGGUUCCCUGCUGCUGGCACUGCGAACGCUGCGAGGGGUACCACUACCAGGCCUCCGAGUUCACGUGUGAGCUGUGCCCCUACGAGAUGCGUCCCGACGCCAACCGCACCGGCUGCGUGCCCAUCCCCAUCGUCAAGCUGGAGUGGCACUCGCCCUGGGCCGUCAUCCCCGUGUUCAUCUCCAUGCUGGGCAUCGUGGCCACCUCCUUCGUGGUGGUCACCUUCGUGCGCUACAACGACACGCCCAUCGUGCGCGCCUCGGGCCGCGAGAUGAGCUACGUGCUGCUGACGGGCAUCUUCCUGUGCUACGCCAUCACCUUCCUGAUGAUCGCCGCGCCCGACGUGGGCGUGUGCUCGUUCCGGAGGAUCUUCCUGGGGCUGGGCAUGUGCUUCAGCUACGCGGCGCUGCUCACCAAGACCAACCGCAUCCACCGCAUCUUCGAGCAGGGCAAGAAGUCGGUGUCGGCGCCCAGGUUCAUCUCGCCGGCCUCCCAGCUGGCCAUCACCUUCUCCCUGAUCUCGGUGCAGCUCCUGGGCGUCUUCGUGUGGUUCGCCGUCGACCCUCCGCACACGGUGGUGGACUACGGCGAGCAGCGCACGCAGGACCCCGCCUCCGCCCGCGGCGUGCUCAAGUGCGACAUCUCGGACCUGUCGCUCAUCUGCUCGCUGGGCUACUCCAUCCUGCUCAUGGUCACGUGCACGGUGUACGCCAUCAAGACGCGCGGCGUGCCCGAGACCUUCAACGAGGCCAAGCCCAUCGGCUUCACCAUGUACACCACCUGCAUCGUCUGGCUGGCCUUCAUCCCCAUCUUCUUCGGCACGUCGCAGUCGGCCGAGCGGAUGUACAUCCAGACCACCACCCUGACGGUGUCCCUCAGCCUGUCCGCCUCAGUGUCCCUCGGCCUGCUCUACAUGCCCAAGGUGUACGUCAUCCUGCUGCACCCCGAGCAGAACGUCCCCAAGCGCAAGCGGAGCUUCAAGGCCAUUGUGACAGCUGCCGCCAUGUCAGGCAAGCUUGGCCAGAAGGGAGGCGACCGCCCCAACGGAGAGGUGAAGACGGAGCUCUGUGACAGCAUGGAGACCAACAGUGAGUAAGAGCACACUGAGGGCUUUUCUACCUACACAUAUAAAAGAUGCCAGGGGGGUUUCUGGGGACUUUUCUUUGGAGCACACAUAUAAAAAGCACUUCGCUUCACAACGGAUUUUAAUCACACAUACUGUAUGAGAUACAUUAGAUUCACUGAGGACCUUAUAAAUACACCUUGAAUGUGUGUCAGAGGUC